CAAUCGUUGGACUUCAGCAUGACUAUGUCUCAACUGCUGACGUAUGUGGCAAUUUCAGUGUUUUGUGUCUUAACAGCCAGCUCCCUGGACACCUUCACUGCGGCUGUUUAUGAGCAUGCAGUCAUAUUGCCAAAUGCCACUUUAACAGCAGUGUCCCGUCAAGAGGCAUUGGCAUUAAUGAACCAAAAUCUGGAUCUUUUGGAGGGAGCGAUCAUAUCGGCAGCAAAACAGGGUGCACAUAUUAUUGUAACUCCAGAAGAUGGUAUUUAUGGCUGGAACUUCAACAGGGAAUCUAUCUACCCAUACUUGGAGGAUAUCCCAAACCCUCAAGUGAACUGGAUCCCUUGUAAUCAUCCCAACAGAUUUGGCCAUACUCCACUGCAAGAAAGACUCAGCUGCCUGGCCAAGGAAAACUCUAUCUACAUUGUGGCAAAUAUUGGGGACAAGAAGCCAUGCAAUUCCAGUGAUCCCCAGUGUCCCUCUGACGGUCGUUAUCAGUACAAUACUGAUGUGGUGUUUGAUUCGCAGGGAAAACUGGUGGCACGUUACCAUAAGCAAAACCUUUUCAUGGGUGAAGAUCAAUUCAAUAAACCCACAGAGUCUGAGGUUGUGACUUUCGACACCCCCUUUGGAAGGUUUGGCAUGUUCACGUGCUUCGAUAUACUCUUCCACGAUCCUGCUGUGACCCUGGUGGAGGAUUUCCAUGUGGACACCAUAGUGUUUCCCACAGCUUGGAUGAAUGUUUUGCCACACUUGUCAGCUAUUGAAUUCCACUCAGCCUGGGCUAUGGGCAUGGGGGUCAAUUUCCUCGCAUCCAAUAUACAUUACCCCCCAAAGAAAAUGACAGGAAGUGGCAUCUAUGCACCUGAUUCUCCAAGAGCAUUUCAUUACGAUAUGAAGACACAAGAGGGAAAACUCCUCCUCUCGCAACUGGAUUCCCACCCGUACCACCCAGUUCUGGUGAAUUGGACUGCUUACGCCAGUGGUAUAGAAGCACUCUCGACCGGAAGCCAGGAGUUUAAGAGCAUUGUCUUUUUUGAUGAAUUCACCUUCUUGGAGCUCAGAGGAGUCGCAGGAAAUUACACAGUUUGUCAGAAUGACCUCUGUUGUCAUCUAAGCUACAAGAUGUCUGAGAAGAGAUCGGAUGAAGUUUAUGCCCUAGGGGCAUUUGAUGGACUACAUACUGUUGAAGGGACAUACCAUUUACAGAUUUGUACUCUGUUGAAGUGUAAAACAAUGGGCUUACACACCUGUGGUGACUCCGUUGAAACCGCUUCCACUAGGUUUGACAUGUUCUCCCUCAGUGGCACUUUUGGAACCCAGUAUGUGUUUCCUGAGGUGCUGCUGAGUGAAAUUCAGCUUGCACCUGGAGAAUUUCAGGUGUCAAGUGACGGAUGCUUGUUUAGCUUGAAGCCAUUAUCUGGACCUGUCUUGACAGUAACUCUGUUUGGGAGGUUGUAUGAGAAGGACCAGGCAUCAAAUAUUUCAUCAGACCUCAUGGCGCAAACACUAAGAGCACACCCAUACAUACCAGACAAUGUAAGCCAGAUAAAUAGUGACAACAUUUUGAAAGUGUCUGACCAGAUGUAUUUUGAAGCAUCAACAACAAAAACUUAUAGAAAGGAGAAGAGCACACUACUUUUGCAAAAGACUCAUAGUACCCACAGGACGAAGACAAUGAAUGUACCUGAUCUUUGGAAUCCCACAGAAGUACAACUUUGCUUUGCUUUGGUGAACAAUUCAUGUCCUAGAAAUGUGAGGUCUGUGUCGAGUGUCUCUGCUCUGUACACUGUCAUGACUGGCGCUGUAGUGAUGACCAUGGUGGGCAAUCUGCUUGUGAUCAUUGCCAUCACCCACUUCAAGCAGCUCCACUCUCCAACCAACCUCCUGAUCCUCUCCAUGGCCACCACUGACUUCCUACUGAGCUGCGUGGUCAUGCCCUUCAGCAUGAUCAGGUCCAUCGACUCCUGCUGGUACUUUGGAGACCUCUUUUGCAAAGUCCACAGUUGCUGUGACAUCAUGCUCUGUACCACCUCCAUUUUCCACCUCUGCUUCAUUUCAGUGGACCGUUACUAUGCUGUUUGUGACCCUUUGCAUUAUGUCACAAAAAUUACCAUCCCUGUCAUAGAGGUCUUUUUGCUCAUCAGUUGGUCUAUUCCAAUCUUUUUUGCCUUUGGUCUGGUAUUCUCAGAAUUAAACAUAAUUGGUGCAGAAGAUUUUGUUGCAGCCAUUGACUGCACAGGUUUGUGUGUGUUGAUAUUUAACAAGCUUUGGGGGGUGCUGGCCUCAUGUAUAGCUUUCUUUCUCCCUGGGACAGUAAUGGUGGGGAUUUACAUACACAUUUUCACUGUAGCCAGGAAGCACGCUAAGCAAAUCAGCACGGGUCCCAUGAUGAAACAGGUUGGGUCAGAGAACAAAAUGAAGGUGUCAUCCAAAAAAGAAAGCAAGGCCACCAAGACUUUAAGCAUAGUCAUGGGAGUAUUUGUAUUGUGCUGGCUGCCUUUUUUUGUCUUGACGAUCAUAGACCCUUUCAUUAAUUUUACAACUCCUGAAGGUUUGUACAAUAUCUUCCUCUGGCUAGGUUACUUCAAUUCCACUUUUAAUCCCAUUAUAUAUGGCAUGUUUUAUCCUUGGUUUCGCAAGGCAUUGAGGGUGAUUGUCACAGGAAUGAUCUUCUGCCCUGACUCUUCCACCCUAAACUUAUUUCCUGCACAUACUUAG